AUGGAAAGUGGAGUGUUCUUGCCCUCGCUGGAUCACUUCAUGCUCAGCCCUCUUGUCGCUUGGGUCAAGACGUUCAUUCCAAAUGAUGGAGGCGCUCGUUUGGACUUUUCAGACCUGCUGGAUGGAGUGAUUCUGAAUGAGAUAAUGGCUCAAAUAAAUCCCUCAGCUGCACCUCAAGGUGCAACAAACACCUGCAGAGACCCAAGUCAGAAGAUUCAGAACUUGAACUUUCUUGUCCAGCAAAUCAAGACUUAUUAUCUGGAGCAUCUGAGACAGUUAAUUAUGAUUCCUUUGCCAGACGUGUUGCUGCUCGGAACCACUCCUUACUGCGAACAAAGCCUGGAUGAAAUGAAGAAACUUUUGCUGUUGCUGCUGGGAUGUGCAGUCCAGUGUGAUAAGAAAGAAGAGUACAUUGAGAGGAUUCAGACACUUGACUUUGAAACAAAAGCUGCAAUAGCUGCUCAUAUCCAGGAGCUGACCCACAGUCAGGAGAACGUGUUGGAGCUGCAGUGGUUGGAGUCUGAUGAAAUGCACCCAGACGAGGUGGGGACGGUUUUGAGGAACAUGUCCACACUCGUCAGACAGCUUCUGGACCAGAGAGACGCACAUCUGGAGACCAUAGCAGAUCUAAUGCAGGAGAAAGAAGGAGCCUUGCUCGGUAGCCCCUCCACCCUACAGGCCGACAGCUUUUCUCCCAGCAUGCAACAGCAGCAGGCAGGGACCCAGCAACACCUGGGGGUAGAGCUGGCGGACUCCAAGGCAAAGAUCAGACGACUCAGACAAGAACUAGAGGAGAAGAGUGAACAGAUGCUCGACUGCAGACAUGAGCUGGAGAACAUGGAGACGGAACUGAAGAGGAUUCAGCAGGAGAACUCCCAGCUGCUUGUUGCCGCUCGUGCCGCCCGCACCUAUCGUGACGAGCUCGACGCCCUGAGAGAGCGAGCCAUCAGGGCGGACAAGCUGGAGAGUGAAAUCGGACGCUACAGGGAGCAACUGCACAAGAUGGAGUUCUACAAAACCAAAGUGGAGGAGCUAAAGGAGGAUAACAGGGUGCUGCAAGAGACCAAAGAGGUGUUGGAGGAUCAGCUGGAAGGCUGGAGGGCUCGGACAGAUAAAAUCCACCUUCUGGAGAAGCACAGUUUGCUGCUGAAGGCCCGGAUUCAUGAUAUGGAGCAGGAUAAGGAAUCGGAUAUAAGGUGCAUUAAGGAGCUCCAGGAGGAGAAUCUGGCUCUUUGUUUGGCACAGAGGAGGAGCAUGGAGGAAUCCCAACACCUGGGCUGGGAGCUGGAGCAGCUCUCCAGGAGCACCGAAGCCCCCCAUGGACAGCAAACUCUGAGCGAAGAGGUCAGUGAGCAAACACGAAGUCAAAUACUGAAGCUGGAAAAAGAGAACCAAAGUUUGCUGAGGAUCAUUGAAGAGCUCAGGACAAACUCCAAAUUCAGCAUGCACUAUGAGGUGUGCAGCACCAACAACUCUACCUCUUCAACAGAGGACUCCUCCAAGAUGCAAACCUCCUGCUCAGUUACAGAAAGCCUUCCUGAUGUGUACCGCCACAAUGCACUAUCACAGAAUGGACACUCAAACUGUCAUCAAGAGACUGUUGCAGAAAACCUGGAGGGAGUCCACAGCGAGAUCUUUCUCACAAAUAAUCCAGAACAUUUCAACAAACAUCUUUCAGAUUUGGACGUUUUGCAGAAUACUAACAACAAACUACAUUGUGUUGUUGGAUCAGAUGAUCACUCCUACAGCUCAAAGAGCAGCAGUCCUUGUCAUGACAUCUUCACAGAUCUGCCUGCACGUUCUUCUUACUCCAUCAAGCUCUCAAAGCGACUGGAAGUUAAAUGCAGGGGUCUGCACACAGCUAAUCAGCAGCUACAAACUUCCCUUUACAACGCCGAGCGGAAGGUUCAGCGUCUGGAGGCAGAAGUUCAUGAGCUGGAAGCUGAAAACCAGACUCUGCAGGCAUCCUUAGAAGAUCUUCGGCUUUCUGCGAGACGCUUGGAGCAGCUGGAAACAGAGAAGCAGAACCUGGAGCGUGAAACCAGCGCUCUGGAAAGAGACAAGAGGCAGCUGGAGAAAGAGAAUCGACGGCUCCGGCAGCAGGCAGAAAUUCAAGAAGCUAACUUAGACAACCGUAACGUUUCCAUGGCUAGCUUGGAAAGAGAGUUUCGUUUCCUACUGCAGGAGGUGGAGGGUUUAAGGGAAACUUCAGGGAGGGUCAAAAACCUCGAGAGCAACAACAGAGAACUGACCAAACAAAUAGCUAUUGACCAGAAGACCCUGGCAACCCUCAGGCAGGAGCUGGUGAGUGAGAAGCUAAAAACCCAACAGAGUGACACUGAAGUGGAGAGGCUGAGCCAUGAGCAGGAGACCAAAGUCCUUAACCAGGAGAGUAGACAGCCUGAAACACCAGACAGCAGCAGGUUUAAGAUGCUGGAAUCAGAGCUGGAGUCAUCUCUUAAAACCUCUUUGCAAAUUAAAGAUGACAAGAUAGCUGCUCUGGAAGCUCGUCUGCAGGAAUCAUCCUGCCUCAACCAGCAGCUGCGUCACGAUCUGAAGACUAUGAAGCUGAACCAUGAGGCUUUACAACAGAGGCGGCAGGAAGAAGAGGAGUGGACAACAUCGAGCUCCAGCCCUCCAACAGAGACCAGCAGGUCCAUGACUGAAUGGCUGCGGGAGAAUCAGGAGGCCACCAAGGAGCUGCUGCAGAUUAAAGACCGCCUCAUUGAAGUGGAGAGAACCAAUGCGACACUGGAGGCAGAACGUGAGGCAACGCAGAGUCAACUGAAACAGCUAGAAAGUCAGUCUGCAAGUCAGCAGGCUCAAAUCCUCGCCCUGCAGAGGCAGGCUGCUUCCCUUCAGGAGAACAACACAGCUCUGCAAACACACAACGCUAACCUGCAGGUGGAGAAGUCGACAUUGAACUCGCAGAGCGCCUCCCUCAUGGCCCAGAAUGCUCAACUGCAGCAGCAGCAGUCCGGGGUUGAAAGUGAGAGGGACGGCGCUGUGCGGACUCGUGAAGAGCUGCGCAGAGCUCACGAGCAGCUGUUACGAGAUCACGAGCGUCUGACGGUUCUGCACGAGCGCCAAGCCAUGGAGUAUGAGGUCCUGAUGGGCAAACAAGCCUGCCUGAAAAACGCCCACCGCACACUGGAACUGGAGCACCGCACGUUACAAGACAGGUACAACAAUUUAUUGCAGCAGCAAACCAAGCUUGAGGACCUGGAGAAGACUCUGAAGGAGGAUCAGAUGAGGAUGGUACUGGAGAAAGAACAGCAUCAGACAACAACAGCUGAAUGCGGCAGACUGCGGGAUGAGAAAGACUGGCUUAACCAGACGUACCGACAGCUUCUGAAUGACAACGAGGCACUGACAGAAGACCACAAGCAGCUCAAGAGCCAGCUGAAUGGGUCCAAGCUGGAGCACACCUGGCUGGAGGCGGACUUUUCCAAACUCAAAAAGGAGUUUCAGGAGCUGGACAUCACCUCCACAAAACUCAGCAACCAGUGUGAGUUGCUGGGUCAGUUGAAAGGAAACCUGGAGGAAGAAAAUCGUCACCUGCUCGCCCAGAUUGAGACACUGAUGUUACAAAACCGCACCUUGUUGGAGCAGAACAUGGAAAGCAAAAAUAUGUUUCAUGUUGAAGAGCGACAGUAUAUUGACAAACUGAACGAUUUGAGGAGGCAGAAGGAGAAGCUGGAGGAAAAGAUCAUGGACCAGUACAAGUUUUAUGAACCUUCACCUCCUCGCAGACGUGGAAACUGGAUUGCUCUGAAAUUCAAGAAGCUAAUCAAAUCCAGCAGCCGUGAGCACGCAUCGGAAACUUCAAACCCAGCUGCCGCCGAGCCCCAGUUUGCCUCUCAGGACCUCGGCUCCUUCAUUAGCUUGGACGGAUCCGGAGGCUCGGCCUCCACCUUAGCAGGUGAAGCCACGUCGCAGCUGCGUCACAGCACCCCCUUGAAAAAGUUUCCCCGUUUGAGAAGCAGGCUAAAGAACAGAGACAAAGUCAAGUUCCUCUUCCGUCGUUCCAUGUCCUUGAGCAGCUUAUCCCACCCUUCAGCCUCAUCUGAGGCAAAGCAGGAAGGGUCAGAGGCCGACGUGGAGGAAGACCGGCUGACCUCAUCCUUCACUACCUCCAUUUUAUCCCUCCUUCACCAUCCCACCGCUCUGCCAUCCAAACAUUUCAACAGCUCCAUCACUGACACUGCUCCAGAUGUUUCUGCGCUGUGGGUGACAGACAAAGAUUCGAAUGUUGGCACUGUCCCAUCUGGAUGCGAGGACGGCGACGAGCUGCAGAAUCACGGGCUGGAUGCAGUCCAUAGUCGAGCCCAAAGUGAGAGCAGCGGUGAGCUUAGCUUGAGCUUGGAAAAUGAGCCGUGGUCCAACGGCAGCAGUCCUGUCCAAAAGCCCCCAUCUCACAACUCCUCCACCCUGCAGCCACCUAGUGAUGCAUCCACCCCCCAACGGCAUACACAGCUGCAGCACAAAGAGAAAACUUCUGCUGGGACAGCUGCCCACAUCCAGAGCUCAGAUACCCAGCCUGUACAAAAAGAGAAAGAUGUUGUGUUGGCUCAAGACUUCUGGCUCACAAGAGGUACUAAAACCAUCCGUAGGGCAAAAGGCAAGGUGACACGCCGCUCAUCAGACACAGGAGGUGUUAGCAAAAUCAACUCAGAGCUUAAUGGGAUAACCCUAAAAAAUGAAACCACUCGAGCUUCUGCCUAUUCCCCAAUCACAGUGCUGUAUGUUCAGGGGAAAUCCUCCUCCAUGUCUGGCUGCCUCAACUGCUUCUCCACCCCUCUCAUAAAAGAAGGGCAACUGAACGAGUUCAGGUCCCCGAAAGGCCUGCCCCGUUCCAGCAGCGUCAUUUCCACAGCAGAGGGCUCGUCUCGACGCUUCAGCGUCAGCAGCGACUGCAGAGGGACCAUUAAGACCGAGCCUGCUCGGGUUUCUGAGGAGAACGAUGCACAAGAAGAAACACCGGAUCUGAGUCAGGAACGAGGCUCUAAGAGCAGCGAGCCGGAGCUCGUCCCUCCCGCUAAACCUCCAAGAGAUCCUGCCGUUGUUCUCACAAAGCGCCACAAAUCUCCAGUGCAGGAGUCGCUUCUUGGCUCCAUGUUCACUUUUAACUCUGUUUUCUCAAACACGAUCUUCAGCGAUUCUGAGGUCGCUGCGACGACUAGCCUAGACGUCCUGGACGUCGGUCAGACGUUUCUCUCUCCAAAUCCAUCGCGGGUGCAAAGCGCGCUCGUCGACAGCGAAGAAUCUGCUGAGAAGACGCCACAAAGGCUGCUUACCUCUGAAAAUGAGCAAAGUCAAGCUGAGGAGCGUGCAGCUGGGUUUACUGGAAAGACUCCUACAGUCGCAUAGAGGCAGACGUCAUAUGCGCUGUGUAAAUAAAACGGUUUUAAU